ACUGUUGAACCGAGCCUGCCCCGUGCUCUUGGGUCACAGCCUUUCUCAGGACCUGACAUUGAUUAUUAUUUCGAGAAAUAUUUUGAGCAUUACCACUCCUACAUGCCCGUUGUACGGCAACGAGACCCAAACAAGUGCUACGAAUCUGGCAACGUCCUUUUCUGGACUAUCAUGUUGAUAGCUUGCCGAUGCUAUGCCAAGAACGAGCUGGUUCUGCCGUUUCUUCUGGAAAAUGUCCGGCAACUGCUCUUUUCGGCCGUCACCACUAUACCCCUUUCCAUGAGCUCAAUCAAUGCACUCAUACUGGCCUCUGUAUGGUCCUUUCCCGAUACGCGGAUCGCCAAUGAUCCGACUGCUAUAUUUUCAGGUGCAAUCAUGAAUGCGUCACUACUAUUGGGUAUUCACACGGGAAAGGGGCACAACCCCGAAUUCUGCUUCGGGAUAUUCCAGAACAACUUUACGGACGAAGAGGCCGGAUAUACAUGGGCCGGUUAUAAUAUCACAGCACAGAGAGUCUCGACCUCUAUGGGCUUACCGCCUGUUGGUUGCUUGUUCAACCAAGCUGUGCAAAAUGUUAUCGAUGGAAAUACGUCGUUCCAGGUUCCAUCGAAUUUCCGCGUGAUGCUCGAGUGUCAGAAGUUCUCUAACCGAUUGAGCAAAACCAUGACGGUGUGUAUGGAUGAGACCCGCGGCGUCUCUCUCCACAUCGUUGAACAGUUAGAAGAGGAGUUUGACGCUAUUCGGAGACUUAUUUGCUCGGAACGUUCUGAUUGUCUGGAUCGUUUCAACGCCCUAAUGGUACAGCUCGAGAUCCAAACUUAUUACCUGCUUCCGCUGCCUGGUCACCAUGCGGAGGGUCUGAAACGAAACAUUUUACGAGCGUAUACCACAGCUCAAACAGUCAUCCGAGCCUCACUGGAUUUAGAGCAACAGCUGCGGUUCCUUAAACACCUGCCCCAGUUUUACUUUCGAAACAUCCUUAAUGCCACCUGCAUCAUCUCCAAGGUCGUGCGCUCGUCUUACAGAGACUUCGUCGCCAUCAAAGAUGCAGACCAAUCCAUAACGGACGCAAUUGCGGUAUUUCGUGGGUGUAUGAUCGUAGAAACUGAUCUUCCAGCGCGAUUAGCCAAUAUACUGGAGUCUGUCUGGAGUGCGCGCCAGACCAAGUGGCAUGAGGAGCCAGUGUCGGCUUUUUCGCAUCGGUUGGGAGCCAACGUUUCUUUCGAUUGCAUAAGACGCUGGAAGAAUGAAACGGACGAGGCGAGGCCAAAAAGCCAGCCCCCUCCAGCUGAAGGCAGUGAUACUGCCAUUUCAUUGCCUGGCGCCGAUCCAUUGGCGAAUAUCGAUUGGAGCUUCAUGGACGACUUCGACUGGAACUUGGAUACAAAUCCCUUGGUGCCUGUACCCUAG